UCCGCGCUCGGGGCGGGGAGCUGGCCCAGCGUCCCGCGCUGCCCGGUCAGGCCCGAGCCAGACGGCGGGCCGGUCCCGCACCAUGGGCCGGAUGGUGGCUCUGAGUUUGCUGGGCAUCGGGCUGGCGCUGCUGGGCGAGCGGUUCCUAGCGCUCAGAAGUCGACUUAAAGCCUCCAGAGAAGUCGAAUCUGUAGACCUUCCGAACUGCCACCUCAUUAAAGGAAUCGAAACUGGAGCUGAGGACAUUGACAUUCUUCCCAAUGGCCUGGCUUUCUUUAGCGUGGGCCUCAAGUUUCCAGGGCUCCACAGCUUUGCACCAGAUAAGCCUGGAGGCAUACUGAUGAUGGAUCUUAAAGACGAGAAACCGAGGGCGCUGGAGUUGAGAGUCAGCUGGGGCUUUGAUUUGGCUUCAUUUAACCCACAUGGCAUUAGCACUUUCAUAGAUGACGAUGAUACAGUUUAUCUCUUUGUUGUAAACCACCCACAAUUCAAGAGUACAGUGGAAAUUUUUAAAUUUCAAGAAGAAGAAAAUUCUCUGUUGCACCUGAAAACAAUUAAACACGAGCUCCUUCCAAGUGUGAAUGACAUCAUAGCUGUUGGGCCCACCCACUUCUACGCCACCAAUGACCACUACUUCUCAGACCCUUUCUUGAAGUAUUUGGAGACAUACUUGAACCUACACUGGGCAAAUGUUGUUUACUACAGUCCAGAAGAAGUUAAGCUGGUGGCAGAAGGAUUCGAUUCUGCCAACGGGAUCAAUAUUUCACCUGAUAAAAAGUAUGUCUACGUUGCUGACAUACUGGCCCAUGAAAUCCAUGUUUUGGAAAAACAACCUAAUAUGAAUUUAACUCAACUAAAGGUUCUGCAGUUGGGCACGUUGGUGGACAAUUUAUCUAUUGAUCCUUCCUCGGGCGACAUCUGGGUCGGCUGUCACCCUAAUGGACAGAGGCUCUUCGUGUACCACCCGAACCAUCCUCCCGCGUCAGAGGUCCUCCGCAUUCAGAACAUUCUAUCCGAGAAGCCAUCGGUGACAACGGUGUAUAUCAACAACGGGUCUGUCCUCCAGGGAAGUUCUGUGGCGACCAUAUAUGAUAGGAAACUUCUCGUAGGCACUUUAUACCAGAAAGCCUUGUACUGUGAACUCUAAAUUGUAUUUUUGGCAUGCAAGUGCAAUAGGUUGUAACAAAAUAAUCUUUUGAUUAAGGGCCAAUUCUGAGGGAAUUUAACCAUCAGUACUGACCUAGUAACAUACCACAUUCGUAGUUCCUUUUAUUUCAAUAAGGAAAGGCCUUGCAAUUCUGAUGCACCUUUAGCAUCAAAAGAAAAGGAACUAUAUUAUUGGCUUUGUGUGUGUGUGUGUGUGUGUGUGUGUGUGUUUGUGUGUGUGUGUUUGUUUUCUGCUGAUCCAGGGAGAAAGAAGAAAGCUGCUUUUCCAUGAAGUGAAAGCAGUUUGCACAGAGGGGCUUCCCCUCCAUGUCUCCACCACGUAAGAGUCCACUGAAGCAGGGAGUAUGGUAAACAGGUCAGCGGCCUCGGUCCCCAGGCUGUGCCUGCUGAGCUUGUGCAGGACUACUGAUAGAUAACACUUGGAUGUUUUCUACAUCCGGCUUUGUUUACUGAUUUACAAGUUAGAAAUGGAUUCAGGACUAACCAAAAUCCGGGCACUUGUUUGUGUUUAAUUCCCAAGGGAGAUCCUCUGGAGAGGGUGAGGAGGGAAGUGACUCCUAGGGCAUUCGGUUAGACAGGAAUCAAUGGCCAUGUUAAUUUCUCAUGAAAGCUCUAUGUAAAGGGGCUCUUUAUUGGAAAAAUAAAAUAAAACAACAGAAUACUGUAGCUCAGCUUA